GUGUGUAGCGACCAACGAUCAGUCUAAGUGUGUGUGUGUGUGUGUGUGUGUCUGUGUGAUCGUAAUAAUGGCUGUGGAUGGUACAGAUGAGAAUAAUUUGGAAAAAGGUAUUUACACAAAACAUGCAGCCCGUCUUCGAAAGAACGGUCGCCAGCGAAGAUCUUUAUCCCGUCUCAGCAUGUCUCAGAGGUUUAGAGUCUGGGCCUCACACUUUCACCGGCUCUUUGUGACGUUUAUCGGAGCGGAUUGGAUCUUCCUCAUGCUUCUGGGGUUCAUCAUGGCAGUGAUCAGCUUUGUCAUGGAUAUCUUCGUCGUUCUCUUCACAGACACACACAGGUGGAUCUACCAUCUUGCGGACAGUCAUGUUUUGCUGCAGUAUUUGGUGUGGGUCAUUUAUUCGAUGUUUCUAAUGUGUUUCGCGGCAGGAUUCGUAAACAUCGUGUCAGUUCAGGCCGCUGGGUCUGGUAUUCCUGAAACGAAGACGUGUCUAAGAGAUGUGAUGCUGCCGGAAUAUCUCACCUUGAGAACAUUAGUUUCCAAAGUCAUCAGUCUGACCUGUGUGCUCGGAAGUGAAUUGCCUGUGGGCAAGGAGGGUCCGUUCGUGCACAUCGGCGCAGCUUGUGCCUCUCUUCUCUGCAAAUUCAUGGCGCUCUUCAGUAACAUUUAUAAGAAUGAGGCCAGAAACAAGGAGAUGCUGACGGUCGGGUGUGCUGUGGGAAUCGGCUGCUGCUUCGCUGCUCCUAUUGGAGGUGCAUUAUUCGGUUUGGAGGUCACAUCUAUGUUUUUCGUUGCACGAAACUACUGGCGUGGAUUUCUGUCCGCUACAUUUGGUGCCUUAAUCUUCAGACUUCUGCCAGUGUGGAACAGAGAGGAAGAGACGCUUAUGGCUCUUUAUGCAACAAAAUACAGGCUGGACUUUCCUUUUGACCUGCGAGAGUUUCCAAUCUUUAUUGCGAUGGGGAUAGUUUGUGGCUUUGGUGGUGCCUUCUUUGUGUAUUUGUAUGGCAAGAUUUCUUUGUUUGUGAAAAGGCAGAAAGCCGCAAACAGCUUCCUCAUGAAGAAUUGUUUCUUAUAUUCCGCUUUGGUCUCUGUGCUGAUUUCAACGCUCACUUUCCCUCCGGGCUUUGGGCAGUUCAUGGCUGGACAGCUUACACAAAGGGAUUCCUUAAUUUCAUUUUUUGACCAUCGCACCUGGUCAAAUCAUGGCAUUGUAGCAGACUUUGAUGCUGACGAUCACUUAGCCGCCUGGAAACAUCCGCAGGCUAACGUUUUCUUCAUCCUCUCCAUCUUCGUCGUCAUGAAGUUCUGGAUGUCUGCUGUUUCCAUAACCCUUCCUAUACCAUGUGGUUCCUUCGUUCCUAUUUUCGUCAUUGGUGCUGCGUUUGGCCGUUUAGUGGGUGAAGGUUUGGCCACAUUGUUACCAGAUGGAUUUAACAUAGAGGGACACACAUACCACAUAGUGCCCGGAGCAUACGCUGUCAUAGGAGCGGCAGCGUUAACGGCAGGAGUCACACACACGGUUUCGACCGCCGUGAUCAUGAUGGAGUUGACGGGACAUAUCAGUUACAGUCUGCCUAUCCUGAUCUCUGUGAUUAUCGCUAACAUGGUUUCUCAGAGUGUUCAGCCGUCCAUUUAUGACACGGUUAUCCGCGUCAAAAAACUGCCUUACCUGCCCUUGCUCAGCUGGGGCCACCCUGAGAAGUAUAAUAUUUUUGUGGAGGACUUUAUGAAAAAAGAAAUUUGUUAUAUCACACUGAACACCACCUACAGAGACUUAAUCAAGGUCCUACGCUCAGGAAAACUGAAAACACUGCCGUUGGUGAAAUCUGCAGAGUCAAUGCUCUUGCUGGGUUCAGUUGAUCGUGCUCAGUUACUGUCGCUCUUAAUGUGGCGAUCGCAGCAACUGCGAGAGGAAAAUGCUCCCACCAUGUCUGUCAGAUACAAAGUUCACUUCCAGACGUCCACAGAAGAGUCUGCAUCCGCUCAUCUGGACUCCACUAAACCUCUAAAAUCUGCUAUGAAGAAGCCGUCUGAAGAUGAAGAAGAGAUUACAAAUCUUUAUGAUUCUGGCCUCAACUUGAAAAAGUUCUUCUGUUCUCGUCCUGACAUCGAGGCAUUGGAGUUCGACCCAGACAAAGAGGAUGAUACAAUACUUCAAGAGGUUGAUGAGUGGGAGGAGCAACAGCUUGACGAGGAGGUGAACUUGGACAUCUGCAAGAUUGACCCCGCCCCCUUCCAGCUGGUGGAACACACUUCACUGCACAAGACUCACACCAUGUUUUCUCUGUUGAAUCUGGAUUACGCUUACGUCACCGGUGUCGGACGGCUCAUUGGAGUUGUUUCACUGAAAGAGCUGCGUAAGGCGAUCGAAAGCACCAUGCCGGACGGCGUGAGGCUGCGUCCCGUUCUGUCCACAUUCAGAGACCGAGGCUUUCGAGGAGCCAGGGCCAAUACCGUCGAACUCCACAAACUACUGGACCAUCAGAUCUGCUAAAACUCCAGCGACCGAUGAUAACAGGUGAACCAAAUGCCAAACGCACAAAACAGUUAAUAGUUUUAUAGAGACACUUCCUGCUCUGGGUCUCUUUUUAUUGGUGGAUUCAUGAGUGUCAGGGAUCUGCCUUAUUUCAUGGCUUUUUGUCCUCAUUUCCUGCACUGAUUUUAUUUCCGGUUGUAAAAACAAUAGAUAAAGGCUUUUAUAGUUUUUAUUCAUUCUGAAAGUGCAAAAUGCUUCUGGGUUUGUGUUUGUGUGUGUUAGUCUGUAGUAUUUAUAAUUAGUUGUGUGUGAAAACAAUAUAAGUCAAUGCAAAUGUGUGUUUGUUGCAGAAAAGGACUAAAAAGUCAUGAUUUCCUUACAUUCCCUCACUUUUGUUUUGAUGUUCAGAUUGUUCCUUAAAAGCGAUGCUUUAAAAUGUUAUUUAUUUAAAUUAAUUUUUUAUUUAAUGUUAUUUUCAUUUUAAGCCAAGCCACUUAGAGUAAAACAGCAGCAUUAGAUCAUCAGUAAGACUGAUUCAUUUAGGUUUUUAUGCUGUUAUGUAAAGCUUUUAUUGAGGCUUUUGAACAAGAAGAAAAAUAAUUGAAUAACAUUUUGGCUGUUGCAUUGGUAAAACUGAAAAUGUAAAAUUUGUAUAGUUGCAUUGCAAUUGCAACAUGACAGACAGAGAAAAAAGACUAAAUCAGUAAAAAAGGAUAGUUUUUAUUGUUUUCUUGUUUAGCGAUCAAGAAACUUUUAAUUCUGUUAAAUAAUAAAUCAAUUAUUAUAAUUACAGCAGUAUUGGAGUAAAAUGUACCUUUUAUUGGUUUCUUGAUCAUGAAUCUAGAAAAUUGAAAUGCUGUUAAAUAAAUAAAUGCACACAUGCAUGCCUACAUACAUAAAAUAAGUAUAGUAAUUGCAAUAAUAUUGGGCAUUUUGUAAUAAAUGUGCAUUUUUAUUGGUUUCUGGAUUUUAAUUCAAGGAAUUUUUAAAUAAUAAAUUCAUACAUACAUAAAGUAUAAUAAUUAAAAUAAAAUUGGAAAUUUUGUAAUAAAUGUGCAUUUUAUUAUUUAUGAAAUUUUAUUAGUUUCUGCAUUAUAAUUCAAGAAAGUUUGAAAAAAGUAAAACAAAAACAUACAUGCAUACAUGCAUAACAUAAUGAUUAAAAUAAAAUUAGAAAAUUUUUAAUAAUUAUGCAUUUUUAUUGGUUUCUGGAUUAUAAAUCAAGAACUUUUGAAAAAAUAAAUAAAUACAUGCAUACAAACAAGAAGUAUAAUAAUUAAAAUAAUAUUGGAAAUUUUGUAAUAAAUGUGCAUUUUUAUUGGUUUCUAGAUUAUAAGGCAGGAAAAAAAUGCACGUUUUAACCAAGUUUAACCCUGUUAAAUAAAGUAUAAUAACAAUAUUGAGUGAAAAGAAGCACCUUUUUACUGGCUUCUUGAUGUAGAAUCAAGACAUUUGGAAUGUUGUUAAAUAAAUAAAGUAUGAUGAUAACAGCAAUAUCUGGAAAAUUUCUUCCUCUUAUUCAGACAUCAAACAAAAGUUGAGUUUUUCUGAAGAGCUUUAUUGGUGCUGUUGUGUUUGUGUUGAAUAUAUCAUUGUUUGCUGUUUAAUAACCCCUACCAUGUUGUAUUUUGAUAAAUCAAUAUAUGUUUUUCCCCCACUGUUUUCCACUGGGUUUAGCAUUAGGGAGUAUAUGUGCAGAAACGUACUCCACGUGUGUAUUUGUGUGUAAUUGUGUUUGCAGACACCAAAUAAUGAAUAAAACAACUGUGCUAAAUAA